AUGAAUAUCAAAGACCGAUUUUUUACGUUUGAGAAAUACAAGAUAUACAGUGAAAAGUAUGAGACGUUGAACGCAAAAGGGGUUGUGAUAUUAAUUCAUGGAUUUCGACAUUACUCUGGAUGUUUAAAAGAAAUGGCAGAGUUUUUAUAUCAAGAAAAAUAUAGUGUUGUUUUACUCGACUUAAUUGGUCAUGGUAAGUCCAGUGGAGAGCCGAGGACGUGGAUUGAUUCUAUCAACACACAUGUUAAUUCCGUGAACUUUUGUAUAACUGAGAUUCAAAAAGAAAAUAAAGACCUUCCUAUCUUUGUGAUAGGGCAUUCGAUGGGUGGGUUAGUCACUUCUAUUUUAGCAAGAGAAAGAAAAGACCUGAAAGGAUGUGUUGCACUUGCGCCUGCUUUUUACAUGAAGCCGCAUAUCAUGUACUUCUUAUCUUUUUUAAUCGUUGCAAUUUUGUUCUUCGCCCCACUUAUUAUGCUUCCAGUGCCUCCAAACGACAAAUUCUUUCCAGACGAAGAAAGUAAACGCAAGAUGCAUAACGACAAAUACGUCUGGACUGAUAAAUUGGCGCUGAACACAUCAUUUCAAUUAAUGAAAACGGGUAAAGAAGAAGUCACAAAAGACAUCACAAUACCUUUCCUCUUGUUACACGGCGACAGUGAUAUGCUUGUCGAUGUCAAAGGAAGUCAACUAAAAUCAAAACACUUAACAAACAAACAUAGCAAAUACGUCGAGUUCAAAAACCUCAACCACAUUUUAUACCUCGAACACAACAAGCUGACCCAAUUCAAACUCAUCGUCGAUUUCUUAGACGAUGUUCUUCGUAAGUAG